GACGGAGGUGCCUGUUUUAGCGGAAGAACCGAGGAGGAAAAAAGUCGAGAUAGAUCGCUUUUAGCGGGGCCUGAGAUGCAAAGAUACGUUGCUGCCGAGAUACAAAGAUACAGAUACAGAUGCACAUGCCGCCAAAGACUUGAAACCGCCUUGUGAUUUAUAUUUACUUUUGUUUAUAAUUUAAUUUGCUGUGUGUAUUUUUUUCUCCCUUUUUGUUUUUUUUUUUUUAACUAUUUUUAACUAAUACUUUUUUGCUAAGCCUCUAAGAGGUCUUAAUUUGUUGGAAGUCUUUUUUUGUUUGCUGCUGGGAAUGUAACCUGCUGUGGCUGAUUUCUUCCAGCGAUUAUGGUACACGUAAAUUGGCCGCAAUUACGAUCGGAGCUGGGAGGUUCAAAGUCAGGGUCAUGGGGUGCUGAGACUUUGUCGACAAGUUCACUGAGCAUUUCGGCGGCAAAUAAAACACUUUUUUUUUUGGGGCACAUUAAAUUUACCCGAAAUGACUGACAAAAAAGGAGAACCGAUCAUGGGCUGUGACUUUGAGAUCCGUGGCAAAGUGCCGAAAGAGGCCUUCGAGCUAUUUGCCCUCGCCCAGGCGAAGUCACUGGGACUCCGGGGAUUCAUCACCCAGGUCUCGGAGGAGGUGUAUAAGGGUCAGCUGCAGGGCGAGGGCAAGGUGAUCGAGGCCUUCAAGAAGCUCAUCCUGGCCGCCGCCGAAUAUGUGCAGGCCAUCAAGGAGUUCGUCAUCAAGAACCUGAAGGCCAUUGAGGAAUACACCUACAAGACCUUUGAAAUUAAGGUGGAUAAAAAGUAACCAAAUUAAAUGUUAUAGUUUAAUAAACUAGUAAGAAGAGCAGCUAAGAACACGAUUUAAAUUUUAUAACUGGAUGUUGAUAUUUAUUCAGUUUAAUAAAAUAGUUAUGAGAGCA